CUCGAACGGAGGAGUCACCUGCGGUCAGGUGUGCGCGCUAAGCCUCUGCUGCCUAAGGUGUGCAGUCAUCCAUCAUUGCAAAAUGAAGCUUCUCGGCUUCUCGUUGGUCCCAUCUACUUGUCAAUUAAACAAGCUGAUUGCGAGGACUCAUUUCCAGGGUUAUCCGUUUGAAUGGGAAGUCUUGCCCGGGUUCUUUGAUUUCGUUUUCGAUCAUUCCUUUCGAGGCUGUGUUUUUCGUCUUUUUUUUCGUUAUGGAAAAUCAAUUUCGAUUUUCUUAUGGUCCUUGCGGCCAACAACGAAAUAGUACUUUCUACAAAGGGAUUUCUCGUCAUUCUUCCUCAUAUCUAGACUUUCCUAACCCUCGGCAUCCCGCGCCCUUUGACAUCACUCUUAUCCUAUUGACCACUGGGAGUCCAUUGCCACCGUAUACAGCCCAAGGCAUACUCAAUUACCACCCGGGAAAUGGACAACUUCAUGUCUCAACUUGGCAUAUCGAGAGAAAUAUGACACGGAUGAUCAUCCCGACUGUCUCUAUACUGGUCAAUUCAUGUCCGCUUCUCCCAGGCAACAGGGCGCCGAGAUCAUGGUGCCCCGGCCGAUCGUUCCCCGGAUACAAGGCAUUAUUGAUAUUGGAUUCGUGUCAUCUAUUGGAUUCCCGACACGAUACUUAGUGGAACAAAAAGAUGCCAGGUAUCACACACUUCUAAACGCGUUCGGGGCCACCGGGGCGAGGCUCCCGUGAUUGCGUCGGGCGGUCUGCCAAGUGGACCGGGCCAGGUUUACGGAACGCCCUGACCUCAUCGUCCCCGUUUUUCCGAUCUGCCUCUUGUCUCUCGAAAUCAUCCAUUUCCUUCCAGUCGCACCGCUAUCGCGCUGCCUGGUUCCAGCCCCCGCAUUGUUAACGUUUUAGUUUUCAUGUAUUCGUAUGAACCUCGAGGCAGAAUAAUUCAGAACACAUGGCGACAGCUGCGCAGAAGCGCGUCAACCUAGUGGUCUCGAGGAUCAUCCCGCCCGUGUUACUCGGCGCGAUCAUUUACGCUUCUUACGCCAUUACGAAGACAUUAUGCAUUGACUAUCUCAUCCAUCCUCUACCUUCCUACAACCAAAGCCCUCGAGUCGGCGCUGGCGCCGUCAUCGUUGCGCUCUAUUAUCUUCUCUUAAUCCCCGUUGUAUCGACCUAUACUCGACUUCUUUUUAAUGUCAUUGUCAAACCCGGUUACCUGCCGCUCGGUGCCGAACGAGUGUGCGCCGAGGCCGAAUCGGAUGAUCCCAAACCCAAACAUGGGAAGCGCCGGCGUCGCAAGAGCAGCUCGCGAAGGACGCGAGACGCGGAGAAGAACCACCAGGCAGAGGGAACUGUGGACGUGGACGUGGACGUGGACGUGGACGUGGACUUGGAGCGUGGUAUAAACAAUCACGCGGGCGGCAAGGCAUACGAGCUUGAUUCCUUCGGCUUGGAGAGCUUCUAUACAAAAGAUGUCUUUGUUUGCCAGGAGGAUGGCCGGCCGCCGUAUUGCUCUUCCUGCUGCCAGUUUAAGACGGACCGAGCGCAUCAUUGUCGGGAAGUAGAUCGAUGUGUGCGCAAGAUGGAUCAUUUCUGUCCUUGGGUGGGAGGCGUGGUCUCUGAGACAUCUUUCAAGUUCUUCAUCCAAUUCGUCGUGUACACUGCCAUCUUUUGUGCAUACAUCCUGAUCGUCUCUGCAUACUAUACGGCGGAGAUUCGGCGCAACACUGGCGGCGCCAAUGCCCACUGGGCUGUUUGUAUCGGACUGAGCGCUCUCUUCGGCUUCUUCUCCGCGGGAAUGUCCCUCAGCUCCAUUCAGAUGGCCAUGCUAAAUAUGACCACAAUUGAAAACAUAAACCGCCAUUCCGUCGUCUGGACCCUCGCCAUUCGAGUCCCAGACCACAUGUUGGACCGGCUCUGGGCCACCGACUCCCCCUGGGCGCCAACCUUCCGCAUGGUAUCCUACCCCCUCCAACCAACCCCAUCGCCAUCCCAACCCCAAACAACAACCCCAUCAACAGGCGAGCGCCACGUCUUCGCCAUCCUCCACACACUCCCAGGUGAAAAUCCCUUCAGCCUCGAUAGCUACCUCAAGAACCUGCAACAGGUCAUGGGCCACAGCAUCACCGACUGGCUCCUCCCUCUGAAACAGAGUCCGUGUGCCGAUCACAGCAGCUCAGAAAGCGCAUUUGCCCUAGGCCCCGUGGUGACUCGACUUAAGCAGGAGGCCGGUUUGGUCCCGGCCCCCGCGCCAGAAUCUGGGAAUGGGGCGAUACCAAGGCCCCCAUCUGCGCGUGUGAGCAGUAGCCGCCGCGUCAAAGAUAGAUCGUGAUCUGCAUUGGGAUCCGGAAAUAGAAAUAUCAUCACUAAUUCUGAUAUCGUUAGAUCUUCGUAUUAUCGUAAGGAAUUAUG